UUGGACAAUCUCAAUAUUCUUCAAAAUUUAAUACUUUUUUAACAAUUAGAUGGAUGUUAAAUGCUACAGCACAUUUUAUUCUACCCAUACUUUCACUAAAUCCAAUCCAAACAUUUUAUAUAACAUCAAUACUUGGAUGUAUAAGUAAUUUUGUUAUGGCAUGUAAUGCACCUGCUCUUUAUUUAUUUAGCAAGGACUACAAAGCAGCUUUUAACAACCGUUUUUGGUCCCCAAAAUCAACAAUGACAGGAGGUGGAGUAGCAAAAGGAAAUAAAUCUAACAAUAAUCAAGUCAACGGAUCUGCCACUUUAAAUAAAAAUAAUAAAAUUCAAGUAAAAAUGGCUUGGUGA